GUGCAUGUAAACAAACAAACAAACAUCAUCCAAAAGAAAAUAUGAUUGCAUGACAUGUGAGACUGAGUCGAUUUGUCAUUUACCAAAAUACCAUAUGACCCAGAAGUGAAUUAAACUGUUAAAAAAAUUCGCUUGGAAAUCAUGUCGUCAGGACAGGACACUAAAGGAGCUGAAGGGGGAGAUAACUCUGAUGAUAAGAAAGAAGAAGGGCCAAGUAAUAGUCAAGGUGCUGCAGGGGGAGAUAAUUCUGAUUCUAAAGCAGAAGAUAAUCAAACUACUGAGAAAAAAGAAGAAGAAAAGAAAUCUGCUCUUUUUGAUGCCUUUGCUAUUUCCCUUGGACUAAAGGAUGAACCCAAGAUAGAAUCAUUGUUAGAUACAGUAGACUUUAAUGGCAUUGUCAAGUACAUAAAAGAUGGCAAAGCAAAAAACAUCAUCACAAUGGCAGGAGCUGGGAUCUCUACUUCUGCAGGAAUACCAGAUUUCAGAUCCCCAGGGACAGGCUUAUAUGAUAAUUUACAGAAAUAUAAUUUGCCAGAACCAACUGCAGUAUUUUCACUUGAUUAUUUCAAAGAGAACCCAGAACCAUUUUUCAUGUUGGCAAGAGAGUUAUGGCCAGGUGUAUUUAAGCCUUCAACUUGCCACUAUUUUAUCAGAAUGCUUCAAGAAAAGGGACUUCUUUUGAGACACUUCACUCAGAAUAUAGAUACAUUAGAGUCUGUUGCUGGUUUGGACCCAGAGUUGUGUGUUGAGGCCCAUGGUCAUUUCAGGACAGGGCAUUGCAUACAGUGUAGGGCAGAGUAUACCCAGGACUGGAUGAAAGAGAGGAUAAUGAAACCAAGUAUACCUAAAUGUGAAGCAGAAGGAUGUGAGGGUGUUGUCAAACCUGAUAUUGUCUUCUUUGGUGAAAGUCUUCCAUUUCGUUUUCUAAAAUGUAUGUCAGAGGAUUUUGAAAAAUGUGAUUUGCUAAUUAUAAUGGGAACAUCAUUAUUGGUUCAACCGUUUGCUUCAUUAGUAAACAGAACAAAUGAAAAUGUACCAAGAAUGUAUAUCAACUUAGAAAACAGUUGUCCUCCGAAACUGGAUCCAAUUAUGACUGUGAUAUUUGGCAGCGGUUUUGAUUUUGAUGGUGAAAAUAAUUACAGAGAUAUAUUUUGGCAGGGAACCUGUGAUGAUGGUUGUACAGCAUUAGCUGAAGCAUUAGGAUGGGAUGAAGAACUGAAAAAUUUGGUCACAACAGAGCAUGCAAAGAUAGAUGCUGCAAAUCCUGAUAAAGAUACAAAGUCUGCAAAGAAAGAUGACAGCGCAACUAAAAAAACUGAAGCUACACUAAAGAAAGCUGACAGCACACCCAAGAAAACUGAAAAUUCACCAAAGAAAUGUGAGACUCCAAACACAUCAGAUAAAACACCCCCAAAACCAGAAGCAGCUACUCCUAAGGCAAUCUCUGGAAGUGGGUCAAAGAAGACACCUCCAAAAAAGUGAAACAGCAACUUCACAAAAUAAAUCCUUGCAGUUUGAAUGCAAACCAACAAACAGACAUUCCUCUGAAGAAAUAGAUCUUUCCCCAACCCAUACUGAUUAUUUACAUUUCAAAACAACACAUUGAGUGUAUAAAAGUAUGUGUAAUGUAAUUCAGAUAUUUUGCAGGCAUUUAUUUAUUUACAUCUAUUGUUGAACAAUGAACAAUUAAUAAUUCCAGGAAAUACUGCAUUCAAAUAAUGCUAUCAAAAUUCAAAUUGGUUACAAUGGUAGUUGUUUUUUGGUAGCAAUUUUCACAAUCAAUAAUAAAAAGCAUACAUUUAAACUCACUGCCAUUAAAAAUAUUUAAGCAUCUGAAACCAAUUUGAAAUUUAUAUUCAUGGUAGGGAAUAAAUAUUUUUGUGUCUUCCACAUUCAUGGAACAAAUUAAAAAGAAAUCCUACUAAAAGAUAGGUCAUCAAUGCUCUUCCAUUUGGUACUUGGUUGGCCUUUUUUACUAUUUUGAUCCAAGGUUCACUGAUGAGUCUAAUGUAGAAAAAACACAUGUCUGGUGUAUCAAAAUAUAAUCCCGGUACCUUUGAUAGCUAAUUAAAUAUCUAUUAGGGAUUAUGUCUGUUUUCCCUUGUUGUUCAUAUUUUUGUAUGAUAUGUGUUUGUUUUGUUGUGUGUAUGGAAGUAUUACAACUGUUAUAACUGCUUGACUGUGAUAAAAAACAUUUUUGCUUUACUAAUAUAUCUAUUCUUUUGUUCGAUUUUAAUUAUGUUAAUUAUUUGCAAUAUAUAAAUAGAUAUUUUAUUUAUUUGAGACAUUUAAAUGCUAUGAUUGAUUUGUGUGUGUGUUGUUUAAUUUACAUAUUAUCCAAUGAAUUUCUCGAUUAUGAAAAAUAUUUUAAGGCAACUGUACAAAUUAUGAUAUAAAGUGUUAAUGAUAAUCAUGAAAAGUGCAUCCUGUUUAAGCUACACCCUGCCUUCCCAACUGAAAACCUGUCUAUACUUAAUCUGGCCUUAACUGAAAACCUUUCAAUACUGAGCCUUGUUUUAACUGAAAACCAGGGGCCGAUUAAGGUGGAUGCGUGUCAGCGAUCUAAAAUUUCAGUUCAUCUGAAAUCCUGUUUUUGCCCCUGAAAACCUUCAAUUUUUAUUUGACAAAACAUUUUUUUGUAUUGAAAUGUGUUUUGCAUAACAAAAUCUCUGUGGAAAUUCUAAUUGAAAUCUAUCUUCACUCCAGAAUUUUUUUAACAAACUGAACUUUUAUUUUAAUAAUUUGCUGUUUCUUCCACAUUUGUUAACUUUUGUUUUGUUAUCAAGUUUCAGUGCUCAUGCACUUUCUGUGUUUACAUUUGUCACCUAUUUAUGUCAUCAAAAAAUAUUUCUUAAUAAUUACAAAAUACAGCACUUGUGUAAUUUAAAAUACAAUUAUUGAAGGGCAAGCAAAAUUUGUGUUUAUCUUAAAAAUUAUUAUUUUACUAUUUUAAAGUGUAUCUUAAUCUAUAUUUGACUACCUUUCAUCUGUAUCUUAUGGGAAAAUAUUACUUUGAAUUUAUCGGCAAACAUUAUUUCAACAAAUCAUUAUAUAUACUCUUUUCAUUAUAAUAUUUAUUCAGUUUUAUUUAUGAGUCUAUAUAGG